UGAAGUUAAAAAAAAAAAAAUGUAAGAUGUUGACAUUGAAACGCUAAAUUAAAUUAAUUAUUAUUUUAAAAUGUGUUAAAAAAAAUAGUAAAUGUUCAAUAUUUUAUUCAUAUUAGCUUAGGAAUAACAAAACUUUUAGUUCAACAUGGUCACGAUACGUUUUUAUGUAUAGGCAAACAAAAAAGUUCAAGGACUGAAAAUGGCAACAAUCGCUGAACUGCAACAAGAAAUUAACCGCUUGACGCGGGAUUUAGACCAAGCACACACAGAAAAAGUUCAGUCUGCCACAUACGGUCUGAGUUUGCUCGAAGAGAAACAAUCUUUAACAAAGCGAUAUGAAGAGCUAGAAAAUUUAUAUGAAAAUGCCAGACAGGAAUUGGAAAUUACUCAAGAAGCCUUAACCAAGUUUCAAACGUCUCACAAAGUAACAACUAAGUCUGGUAUAGAACAAGAGGAAUCGCUGUUAUACGAAACUGCAGCUUUAGAGUCGUCGCUGAAUACAACAAUUAUCGAGCUGGAAAAUGAUUCUAAAUUGCUGAGGCAAGAACUAGAUCGUGUGCGUGUGGAACGGGACAGAGCAAUCCAAGAUAAUAACGAUUUGAUCAGGCAGAGCAACGAGUCAAAUCAUGAAUGUAAGCAACUCCGCGCAGAGUUGCGUGAAGUCAAAUCUCGCGAGACUCAUUUACUAUCAGAUUACUCAGAGUUGGAAGAAGAAAAUAUCACUUUACAAAAACAAAUUGCUCAUUUAAAAUCGUCACAAGUAGAAUUCGAAGGAGCUAAACACGAGAUUCGUAGACUUCAAGAAAACGUUGAAUUGCUAUAUUUACAAGUGGACGAGUUAGCCAAGUUGAAGAAAAUUGCAGAAAAGCAAAUGGAAGAAGCUUUGCAAUCGUUACAGGGCGAACGUGAAGCUAAAUAUGCAUUAAAAAAAGAAUUAGAUCAGCGCAUCAAUAACGAAUCUGUUUAUAAUCUCAGCAAUUUGGCUUUCAGCAUAAGAGGAAUGGGCGGUGAUCAGAACAUUGGCAGCGACGACGAAGAAGAUUUACCUACUUUGCAAAAAUUAGAAAACGACAUAGGCUCGACAAUGAAUCUCCCCGAAAGCGGCAAACAUGAUUUGUUCAGUGAAAUUCAUCUAAACGAAUUAAAGAAGUUGGAAAAACAGUUGGAACAAGUGGAAAACGAAAAGACCAUGUUGACUCAAAACCUCAAAGAGUCUCAAUUAUCGUCUGACAAGUGUAAAUCGGAUUUGGAAAACUUAGCUGUUCGUAUUUAUAAAUUGGGUGCACACAUCAGAGCUUUAGAACACCUUGGAAAUCAAACCAACCGUAAAGUGUUAGAUAAUAAAUCUGAAGACGGCAAACCAAAUCACAAUUUAGAAGAUUAUCAACAAUGGUUCGAUUUGGCGUCUAAAGAAAUCGAACAACUCCACGGAGAGAUUGAAGUUCUAGAAAGCCAAUUGAACACAUCAGAGGAAACGUUAUCACUUAAAGACGAACUAAUAACAUUGAAAAACAAGUUGAUAGACAAAGAACAAAAAACAAUGGAAUUAGAAUCUAACGUUCGUUUGCUAGGUGAAUUAGCCACCGACGCUAGCGCUUCCCUUGACAAUGCUCAAAAUGACCUUGUAGUCAUAACUGAUGAACUGGCUCAGCUUGUCCAUCAUGUAUCCAUAUUUAAUGGAAAGUCUAUACCGACACCUUCUGUGAUAAUGAAAGCGACCAAAGACACAGAAGAAAACGAUCCACGUCUUGAUAUUCUUCGAGCGCGUUUGAAGUCUGAUGUAUUUAUCAAAGAAUUAGAAAGUCUGACUGAAGCUACAUUUGUGGCAAAGAGUUUAAGAAACGUUUUAGAACAAAUAAAAUUACUCAAAGAAUCUGUGAAUAGUACCAUCGAUAACGCCAAGUCGGUUAAUCGCGAAAACAAUGAUGGCCAAAGAAAUUUGAUGAUUGAUAACAACGAUGAGGUAUCCGACCUUCGAGAACAAGUUAUGAAAUUGCAAUCGCUGUUGGCCACAAAGCGAGAACAAAUAUCGUCGUUGAGAAUGGUGUUGAAAACCAACAAAAACACUGCCGAAGUCGCAUUGAACAAUUUGAAAUCGAAAUACGACAAUGAAAAAAUGGUCGUAACGGAAACCAUGACUAAAUUACGCAAUGAACUGCGCGUGCUCAAAGAAGACGCUGCAACAUUUUCGAGUUUGCGAGCCAUGUUUGCAGCACGUUGUGAAGAACAAGUAACACACAUGGACGAUCUUCAGCGACAGUUGGCGGCUGCCGAGGAAGAGAAAAAAACUCUUAAUCAGCUUUUGCGUCUGUCCGUCCAGCAAAAGUUGAUGGUCACACAGCGGCUAGAAGAAAUAGAAAUGGAUCGAGAAAUGAAGAACGUCCGUAGAUCGAUGGGCACUCCCAAUAAUUCGACUCCGUCAAAAACUUCAAAAAGGUAUAAUCAGCCUCAGCGACGAGAUUGGUGAACGUUCAGUUAAGUUUAUACAAAAAAAAAAAAAAAAAUGUAACAUUCACCGGCAUGAUUUGUGAUAGAUCAUCCUCCUCAUGGCGAGAUUAAUUUUAAGGGAUAUAAACCGUCCUUGGUAACAUUUUUGUUUAAGAAAGAAUCCUUGACAUUACAUUAUUGAGUCCCACGAACCGCGUUUUUCAAUAUCCGUCCUGUUUAUGAAACUCCGGUUCCAAAUUGUGCAUUAAACUGCCGUCCUAACUUUUCUUUUAGUAAACUGUUUCAUUUUUAUUAAUAUUUACUACAAUAUUAUUGUUUGAGUUAUUAUAAAAACGUUAUCGUUUUACCGUGUUUUCUUAUUUUUUUUUUCUUUGUCGGUUAUACAUUUUAUUUUAUUAACAAUUUUCGUUAAAUAAAAAUUUGUACCCGACAUUCAUAUCACUUGAGCUCUUGAAAAUCUUGUACACGAGUAAUACUGAAAUUAUCUGGUACCCGUGUAUAAUGUUACGGGUAUAAUCCUGUAAAAAUCAAGAGCCCUACAUAAUUUACCUAAUGUUGAAAUAAGUAACGUAUACCGUAUUACGGGUAAUUUAAAAUAUAUUAUUGUGAAUUUAGAAAAGUCUUAGGGGCGCCAAAUUACACUAUUGUUCCUUGAAAGCUCAAUAAAAAUUUAACCAGGUGCCAUACUCGUCUUCUGUCCAUUAAAGAAACCAAUUUUUAAUUGAUUGAUUAAUUUUAAAUUGAUAUAUAAUAAUAUUGUGUUUUAUAUUCCAUUAAAUAGCAUUUCCAUUUUUUGGCAGCCAAUUUCUUAUGUGCAAUAUAUUUAAACGUUUCGUAUUUUAUUUCGUUGACACAUUAGUUAUAAGCAUGUUCAAUGAUCUUUAUUAUUAUUGUUUUUAAAAUUCUAUUAAUUAACACAUUUUUAUUUGUUUCGUUUGUCAUUAUUAAUUUUUAAUGUUAUUCAUUUGUAUUCGUACUAUAAAACAAAUCUGGACAUAUUAUCUCGAUAUGAUAUUAUGUAUUCCAUAAUAGCGGUGGUAUUUUAAUGAAUAUGUCCAUACUGUUCUUACCCCCACGAAGACCAUAUAAUAUCAAUUAGGGUUUGUUAAAACUGUGGUGUGUAGAUGUUAAGAUCUAAGUUUUAACGGUUCAGGGACAAUCUACUCAUGUAAUUAUUGAACAGUUUAUAUCAACUUAUUAUUAUUAUUAUUAUUAUUGUAUUAUUCAUUGGUGUUUUGUUUAUAACUUUUUAAUAUAUCAUUAUAAAUAUAAUAUAUAUAUAUAUAUAACAAAAAAACAAAUUCCGUAAAAAUUAAUGACAUCUUACAUUGUGUAAAUAAUUUAAUAAGAGUCGUGGACCUUAAUUUAAAUUUAUUUUAUACUAUUUUUUCACAUAAAAAUACAAACAUUAUUAUUAAUACUGUCCUCUGAUCAAUUGUAAAAAAAAAAAAAAAAUGUCCAAACAAUAAAAAUAUGUAUUAUUGUCAUAUUACUAAGGUAUUGGUGAUCAUUAUUAUUAUUAUAUAAAUACCUUUUAAUUCUUUCAUCCCUAUAUUGUAUUACCUAAUAUUAUCUUAUUAUUAUUUUUUAUUGUUAGUUACUUAUAAAUAUUAAUGUGAUACCCAGACCCAGUGUUUUAUAACAUGCUGUUUGUAAAGAUUGGAUAUCUAUGGCCACUAAUAUUCCUAAACAUAAUAAUAAGUCAUUUAUAAUGUUUAUUAUUGUUCGCAAUGGAAUAUCAAUUAAUAUUGUGUAUUAAAUAUAUUAUUAUCGAAACUGAUGUACUUAA